UUGGCUAAGGGAAAUUCUUGGCGAUCGAAUCUCUCUUCAAUCUCUUCUUCCAGAAAAGAGAGCGAAUUAUGCGAUCUCGUUGCCGUCACUGAGCUUUGGUGCUGCAGGAAAUAUCGGUCGAACAUAUCCCGUACACGUGCAACCUUAACAUAUCUGGGAAACUGGAAAUAUGGGAGUACUGAAACUCUUACGGGAAAAGAGGCAACAGCAAUCGACGACAUCAUUUCAUGUAUUUAUAUAAUGACAGAGUUUGCCUUAGGUCAAAUACCUUGGCAUAAGGAGACCGAGAAGCAGGACGAAAAAGGGAGCGUGCUCCUGAACCACUACUCCAAACUCUUCGAAUGGCUUAAGCAACAACCGCUUGUACAAACCAUUAAUUAUGAAGCACUAUAUGAAGAAAUAUUAAGAAUGCCAGACCAAUCAGGUCAAACUAACCCAGGAGAACAAUCACUAUUUGGCUUUUCCAAUCCACUUCUUGAUGCGUAUGAUCAUGGAUUUACCGAAAAGAAGACGAACAAGGACAACAAAUUGAAGGAUAAGGAAGGAUCAGGGAAGAAGAGGCGUAAGACAGGAAACACGUCGUCUGUGCAGAAUCCCCCCAAAAGCAAAAUGUCAAACGAGAAAGUCCCGGCGAGUAAGCAAGCGGACAGUCAAGACAAAGACGACUGA